UUGCACCCCACCAAAGUCUCUCUUAAAUUGUCUUUUUCCUCCUCUUCCCUGACACGCACACGGGCACACGCAGACACACAUGAGCGCGCAAACAGCGCGCGCCACUAAAUGUUUUUGAGGCGCCAACUUUUCGUAGCGCACAAACCAGUAAACUAUGCGGGAUAUUUCUGAGCGAGCGGACAAUCAUUCGUUUGCCUCGCGGUGAUAAGAGGCGCGGCGCCUGUAAGCUCACGUCUGACCGUGAAAGCAGCACUUUCAACGUGACUCCUUUUCACCUGCGCUUAAUUGCGUCGGAGUUUUUUUUAAACUUUUUGCUCCCGGUGGUCCGCGUACGUAACUUUCAGACGAGGACAAAUAUUUGGAAUUUUGGGGGCAUUUUGGCACCAGGCGGGACAUCGCGCGCGCCGGGCGUCCGACGCAGAAGUCAACAAGUGGCUCUCGUGCGGCGGGAGAAGAGGUGCUAUAAAAAGCGCGUGCGGGUCGCCGAAUGGGAAGCCGUGUUUGUACCGAGGACCGUUUCGACUGGAGCGCAUUUAAUUGAAGCCACUGGAAGGAGAACGGGACAAGUUCGUAAGUUUGCACCGGUGUGUUGUUACUCACCAUGAGGUCACCGGCGGUUUUCCAGACGUGGACGGUUUUAUUGUUGGGGAUUUUAACCGGGGCCGUGAGUGCUGAGGUCCCCACCUUCAAAGUGCUGAGGGGCAACACCAGGAGGGACGACUUGUACCGCAAAGAGGAGAACAUCACAGUAACGGCAGUGGGCGGGGCCAUCCACAGCCCGCGCUUCCCCAACGCCUACCCCCGCAAUUUGCUGUUGUCAUGGAAACUGAAAUCACCACCGGGGAGCCGUAUACACCUGGAGUUUGACGGACACUUUGGCCUGGAGGAGUCCGAUAAUGGAGUGUGCAGGUACGACUUUGUUGAAGUGGAGGACCGAUCGGAGACCAGCACUAUCAUUUGGGGUCGCUGGUGUGGGCUGAAGGCGCCGCCCAGUCUCAACUCCAAAAACAACAGGCUCAGGGUCACCUUCAAGUCCGACGAUUAUUUUGUCGCCAAGCCGGGAUUCAAAGUCUACUACUCCCUGGUGUACGACUCCCCCCUGCCUGCUUCCAACACAAACUGGGAGGUCGCCACGGCGCUCAUGUUGGACAGUAGUGCAGUGCAGAAGCCGGCGGCGGUCACGGAGGCUCCUUUCACACUGGAGGAUUUGGACCGGACCAUAGCUGCCUUCGACACCGUCGAACAGCUUCUCAGAUCCCUCAGCCCAGAAACCUGGAGACAGGACCUGGACAGCAUCUAUACUCAAACACACAUCCAUUAUAAAUCCCGGGCCUAUCAACUGGCAAGCAGGCAUAAUAAAGUUGAUCUGAACCGUCUCCACGAAGACGUCAAGCGGUACAGCUGUACGCCUCGCAACUACUCCGUGAACCUGCGCGAGGAGCUGAAGGCCACCAACGCCGUCUUCUUCCCCCGGUGUCUGCUCGUCAAACAAUGUGGAGGCAACUGCGGCUGCGGGACCGACAACUGGAAAACCGGCUGCACCUGCGAGGCCUCCAAGAAGACACUCAAACUACACGAGGUGCUGAAGUACACCCCAGAUGUCAGUCCGUAUCAGCGCCAUCGGAGGUCGCGGGUACGCUGGGUCAUAGACGAGAUCUUCCUCACACACCAUGAAAAGUGCGAGUGUGCGUGUCCCUCCCAACCCCCUCGUUGACGCAUCCAAACUGGCACAUGGAUCUGGAAUUUUUGGACAAUUUUUUUUCUUUUAUGUAUUUUGCAACUGACAUUCUAGUCAUAACUCCAGCAGCACAGACACACCCAGAAAGAGGAGAAGGCGCCAAUUAGGGCGACAAAUCGCUGCUUGCAUUAUAAACACGGCAUUUGUUCUUGCAAGUAAACCUUCAUCUGGACAAACUUAUAAAUGGCUACAUGUUCGCUGUUUCAAUCCAUUUCAUUCCUCCAACAAACAAAAUGUAAAUACCAUACGACACAUUGAAAUAAUUAUAGCAAUUUUAUAUCAAACUUGCAUUUACUUUUGGAUUUAUGACGUAACUUGAUUGAAUUCAACCCCUGUAAUACGUUUUUCUCCUGUUCUUACAUCCCUCUUUAUUGUAAAAAGGGUGUUUGUAGAUACUUACGGCACUUGUUGUGCCAGGAGCAUGCGGAGAUGCGUGAGUGUGAGACAGAAGGAGGGAGGGACAAAGUGUCAACUAAAUUAACACUUUUUUUGUUGUGAAAUGAAAUCAACCAUAAUCCUACAGAUCUGAAUUGAGCACCAGCACAUUAUAAUAUAUUUCCUGUCGGCCAUCUCAAACACUUCCUGCUCAUUUCUUUCCCGUCAUCGCUCUCUCAGCACAUUCUCGGAGAUGUCACAUCGGGCAGCUGCUCUCGGCCCACUUUUCUGAACAUUCCCGGCAUUCCAACUGCCAAAUGGAAUUCUGCUAACAUGAAUAAAAAAAAGAUAUUCAGACCUUAAUCACAUUCUGUAAGAGGAGAGGUUUUUUUUAAAAGAGGCAGCUGACAGAAAAAGGGACAAUCCAGCAGCCGAUGCGUAGAUUGCCAGCACUUCUGGAUGAAAGAUGAGAUGGCAGCCACUUUGAAGAUAGAAAAUAAACGGAUUGAAGCUACUUCAGCGUUUCCAAUAAGCAUCUUCAUACAUUCAGCCCGUCGGAUUUUUGUUUUUGUCAAGCUGCUCUUUCCCUUCUCACGAAGACGCUCAAACGUAUCACAAUCUGACCCAUGAGACCGCUGUGGUACCACGGUGGGAACAGAGUUCUAGGCUUUAAGCUAAGUGUGUGUGUGUGUGUGUGUGUGUGUGUGUGUGUGUGUGUGUGUGUGUGU